AUGAUUCUGGGGACAGAAGUAAACGAAUUUGUUUCAAAUCGACAAUAAUCCAAAAUUCAUUAUCUUUCUGAAGAGAAUAAAUCUUUAUAGGAAUACAUCCAAGACCUUGAGAAUGCCUUAAAAUUAAAUAAAUAAGCCAUGUCCCUCACUUUAGAAGGUUUGAAUAAAAGACCAUAGGUAUGAAAGAUUGACUAUAUAGUUGAUAUCAGAUAAUAGCACAAUGUCAACUGGUUAUAAUUACUAGAAUUCUCAGUUGGAGGGAGUAAUCAAAUUGCUCAAUGAGGAAAAUUAAAAACUAAUUAAUGGAUUGUCUAAUUAAUAAAGAAUCACUCAAUAAUUAUAAACUAAAUUACUGUUACAAGAAUAGAUAUCUGAGGAAUAAUAGAAUUAUUAUAAGGAUUUGAUAGGAGAUUUGGAAUACAAAUUAAUAGAAUUGAAGAGAAACAUUCACGAUAAAGAGUAUGCGAUCCAAGAGUUGGAAAGAAUGAAACCCAUUCAAGAGCGAGAAGGUCAAUUCGUCAAAAUAAUUGAGGUGGUCACUCCAUCAGAAUAGAACCUAAAACUGCAUGAGGAAUUAGAAAAUGUGAGAAAUUUGUUGAACAAAAUCACCUAGGAAGCAUAAGCUAUUAGUGAAACCAAUAAUGCCUUAAGAGAAGUGAAUUAUGUAAAAAAUAUUAUUAUAAUAAAGAAUCUAAAAAGAGAAAUAUUCAAAAUGAGAAUUGUCUUGAGAAGCUAAAUUAAUUUUUAGAGUAUGAAAGGUAAAAUUUGUUUAAUUUUAUAAUCAGAUUUCGUCUAUAAUGAAUAUAUAGAUAAAACCGAUGACAAUCUUCAAAUCAAUAGAGAAGUUCAAAAUCAAAGAGGCAAGUUGGAACAAUUGCAUUAAGAAUUGUAUGGAACUUCAAGUUUGGGAUAUGGUUUCUCUCCAGAACCCUAACAACUCAAAUACCUUAGCAAGAAUGAACGUAUGAUUUACCAGGAGAAAUUGCAUAAGAUGGAAAUGAUGGUCAAAGGAUUUAAGGAACUAUUCGAAAAAGAGAAGAAUGCUAAUUUACAUGUUAGAAAGUUAUACAAUGAACUAUUGACGAAAUAUGAAUAUAUAUUAGACACUAAUGAGUUGAUAAUCAAAUCUAACAAUUUGAAAGAUGAAAGAAAUGAAAAGCAGCAAAUCGAAUUACAAUUCUAUAAAAAACAAAGCUAGAGUCUGAUGGAAUAACUAAGAAAUAGAAAAGCUUUCAAUUCUAUUCCUUUAAAUCAAGAAUAAGAUAUCGCAGUAGGAGUAUUUAGUCCAAGAUAUCAACAGAAAUAAUUCAAUAAUCAAUCUCAAUCAUCCUUUUCAAAAGUGCAAUAGACUGGCCCAGACGAUUUAGAAAUUAAGAACUCAGCUAGAUAGUUGAAUUCAAAUAACUUCAACAAAGUUAUCAAACCUCAAUAAAUUAAUUCAGUGUAGAGUACUUGUGCAAAAAAGUAGAUUCAACAACUAGAUAUUUAAGAUGAUAGUUCAUCACUUGAAUAGGAAAGAUACAUCUGUCAAACUGCUAGAGGAGAGAAUCCAAAAAUUAGUAAAUUGACCUAACAACAAUAAUAGGGACAAAUUUAUUAGUAUUAUGAUAUGACUAAAUAAGAGUGCAUUGAAUUCUUGAUGUCAUUGUUUAAUGAUUAUUUUAAAAAAUUUGACGUAAACUAUUUCAUUAUUUUCUCUUAGUUGAGUAAUAUCAAGAAGUAAUAACUCAUGAAACAGAUGCAAAAUAGUGGAUUUGAUAAAAAAUCCAUUAAGAGAUCAUAUAGCAAUCCCUUUUUGUAUUUUUCAAAUGUCAAAGCAAUCACUUUCAAUCAACCACCCAAACAGUCUGUUAUUGCUCUUGUAUUCAAUUGAUCUAUCGUAGGCAAAAAAUGAAAUCUAAUAACUAUUGGCUGAAUUAUAAAGCAAAAAGUAGAAGCAAGUGUAGAAUCAAGGCGAUGGUGUCUUUAGUGUGGAUGUAUCUAAAAUAGACUUAAAACAAAAUAAAAGAUAAAUGUUUGAUAAUGAUUUAAGCUUUAUAUCUAAUAUAGAUGACUAAGAUUGA